CGUCGACGCUGCGCGUGUGCCCGUGUGUACUCCGUUACCGUACGCGACACGUUAUUUACGCGAGAUAACGUUACGGAGAGAUAACUACGGUUGCUCCGGUCGACGCGCACACUGCGUCAGUGGUGACUGGUGCCCGUGGACGUUGAUGAUACAUUAUUUUUUAGUAUUAUUUUGUCGAUUUUGUUCGUCCUGUAGUGUUGUUUCGGAACGUUUAGUGCGUUCUACGUUCAUCAGUUAAAAUAUUGGAAAAAUAAUUAAUUAUUUUAUUGCGACCCGUACGGCGCUUAUGGGCGCGUUAGUACGUGCGUACGUGUACGUCGUAGGCCGUCCGUAGGAAGGAAACGCGCGGGAUAUCGUAUAUGUGUUGACGAUGAGUAGAAAAUAAAAAAAAAUACAAAAUUAUCGCUUUAUAACGCGACGGUGUAUGUUUUUUUUUUUGGCGUCGAUUUGUCUCCCCAGCCGAGGGACAACGCGAUAACGCCACCACCGACUACGACAACAGCGAAAACGAUAAUAAAUAAUUUGAAUACGAUGAUAGUGUGGUGAACACUAUCCGGACAUACGUGUGUGUGCGUGUGUUAGUGCAUGUGUAUACAUGUGUGAGCGAGCGUAGAAAAUGAAGAAGUUCACGUUCAAAGGCGUUUUGGACGGCAUACGGUCGUCGGUGGCGCCGCAGAUAAAGCCCGAGCAGGAGAUCGUGGAAACGCUCAGGUCCGACAACUUCCAGGUGGCCAAGACAUUCCGUCAUGGAUUUCCGUACCAGCCUACUGCCCUAGCGUUUGACCCUAUCCAACGGUUGUUGGCCAUCGGCACUAAAAAUGGAUCUCUACGAAUUAUUGGACGACCUGGAGUGGACGCACAGGUCAGACACGAAUUGGAAGCCGCCGUCGUUCAAGUGGAGUUCUUGAUGAACGAAGGCGCUUUGAUCACUGUAACAGCUGAUGAUAGUUUACACCUGUGGAAUUUCAGACAGAAACGAGCCGACGUCGUCCACAGUCUAAAAUUUCAAAGAGAAAGGAUCACUGUGGUGCACCUACCGCUCCGGAGCAAGUGGCUGUACGUGGGCUCGGAAAGAGGAAACGUGCAUUUCGUCAACGUCGAAUUGUUUACCCUCUCUGGUUACAUAAUAAAUUGGAACAAAGCCAUUGAAGUGACCAGACCAACCCAUCCCGGACCCAUUGUGCACCUGAGCGAUAAUCCUGCGGAUUCCAGCAAGUUGCUGAUUGGAUUUGAAACCGGACUGAUGGUGUUGUGGGACUUAAAGACUAAGAAACCGGAAUGCCGCUGGCAGUGGGGCGACUCCUUGAAGUCCAUUGAUUGGCAUUUUGAAGGGAAACAGUUCACGUGCAGCCACAGCGACGGAAGUUUGACGACUUGGAAUGUCAAACCUUCAUCGAAACCGGCAAACAUAAUAUACCCCCACGCUAAAACCAAAACGGAAACUUGCAAACCCAUACAGAAAGUUGAAUGGAAAUCUUCGAAAUCCGGCGAGUCCUAUUUAAUAUUUUCCGGAGGACUGACUGCCGAUACCGCUGGCCGCGUGCCCAGCAUAACUAUCAUGCACGGGAAAACGACUACUGUCCUCGAAAUGGAUCACAACAUCGUCGAUUUUGUUACGCUAUGCGAAAGCCCUUACAACAGCGACGUGCAAGAGCCUUACGCCAUAGCAGUGCUCAUGCAAAACGAUCUUGUGCUAGUCGACUUGCUCAGUCCCGGAUACCCGUGCUUCGAAAACCCUCACCCCAUGGACAUACACGAGUCGCCAGUGUCUUGCGUGCAUUACAUAGCCGACUGUCCGUCCGACUUGAUACCCGCGUUCUACUCGGUCGGAUCGAGGUCAGCUUCCAAACGGACCGGCUACAGCGAGAACAAGUGGCCUAUUGCUGGUGGCGAAUGGAGCCCCACGUCGUGCAGCUAUAAUGAAAUCAUCCUGACCGGCCACACAGACGGCAGUGUUAGGUUUUGGGACGCUAGCGCUGGUAGUCUGCAAGUGCUGUACAAAUUGAAAACCGCCAAGGUGUUCGAAAAGUCUCGUUCAAAAUCUCCCGACGGAGCCGAAGAUGAUCAGUUUUCGGUGCAACUGCUGUCGUUUUGCCCGGAGAGCAGAAAAUUGGCCGUGGCUGGUUCAUCGUCGUACGUGGUGCUAUUCAAGUUUCGUAAACUGGAGUCAACUUUUGAGACAACGACGUUGGAAAUACCGAUAUAUACGGAGAGUCUAGACGAAGCAGCCGAAAGCUCACCAGAAGAGACGCCUUCAAAGCCAGCCACUACCGAUGACAGCACCAUUCCGGUCAAAGUGCGAACCGGUCCCCAGAAAAAGCCGCCCGGUUUCCAGGCUUGUCUGGCAUGUGUCACCCCAUCGGUGAACGGCGAACCGCCUGGCCAAAUAACCGCACUAACAAUUAACUCCUCGUACGGAUUGCUGGCCUACGGUCUAGACAACGGUAUUGUGAUAGUAGACUUUAUACAAAAACAUGUUCUCUUAAACAUCAACACGGCUGAGCUGUACGGUAGUGCGGAUCCAAACCAAAGGGCUCCCAGGUCGCCGAAAAGAACGACCGCUUUCAGCGAGACCAGUGACGGCGAACGAUGCCGGUCUCCCAGCAUUGAUCAGGGUCUAGAAGACGAAGUGGACGAAUUGGAAGAGUUGAGCAAACUGGCGCUGAGUCCGGUGGGCGUGUACUCGACUCAGGUAUCGCCGAACCCGUCGGAAUGUCCGGACGACGCCACUGAAAAGGCGGAAGAGGCGCUCGUGUUGAUACCGGAACCCCAGGAACAACAGGCGGACUCGGAAGCGCCAGCGGAAGAACAACUGGCUGUGCCACCGGUCGCGUCCGGGGCGACCGCCGCGGCCAAGGCUAACGGCCGGCGGACCAGUCACUCGUGGCGGGGACUCAAGAAACAACUGAGCCGGGUCGAUCUCAAGCUGAAGAACACGUUCACCGCGGCCUCGGCUCCCGCCAAAAAAGCGUCCACGUUUUACACGACCGAGCAGCAGGCGGACGCGACCGACGAACCCGGGCCCGGCGUGACCGCGGUACCGCAAAUAAUAACCGAGUCCGAGGUCCAAGAGAUGUCGUCCCCCCGGGCUGACGGAACCGGACCGGAGCCCUCGGCCGAGUCGGCCACGGCCGCCACGGUGACCAGGCCGACGGAGCUGAAGCUGUUCGACCGGGACGGCAAGCCGAUCAAACCGCCGAGACCGGUCAAAGAGCACCGGAAGCGGACGUCGCUCGACAAACAGGCGGGCGCGUGUGCCAUCGCCACGGCGGCCAGGGACGCCCGUUUGCUGUCCGUGCCGAACAUCAAGUACAGCCACAGGGAUCUAAGACACAACCGGUCCAAUAACCAAGCCUUCAUCAACCUCCUUAGACGAUUAAACAAGUUGGACAGCUCGUUUUCUAGAUCUCGAAGUUCAAGUAUGUCGAGUUUAGAUAAUAUUACCACGGAGACAAUACAGUGUUUGACGUUUGGCGAUUCCUACACGAAGAAAUCCGAUCCGUCUACCUUCCCGACCCUUUGGAUAGGCACUAGUGUGGGUUCAGUGCUCACAAUAAUGAUCAAUCUACCACCCUCCGGAGAGCCCAGAACCCCGCAAUCUGUAAGCGUUGCCCCUUGUGGUACAAUUUUCAGACUAAAAGGCGGAGUGCUUACCACGUCGUUCUUGGACUGCAAUGGCGCUUUGAUACCGUACGCGUACGAAGCGUGGAGAGACGAAGGCCGAGAUAAACAAAAGACGCCUACGAAAAACCCCGGCGGACUCAGUCGCAUGUCGCCCGCGCUCACCGGUAGUUCGGAGAGCGUGUCCAGCAACCCUGGAGCUGCUGCUGCCGGCUUGCCUCAACAGCAACAGUCGCAAGUGUCGUGCGACCGGCAGUUCGUCACCAUUGUCAGCGAGAAACAGGCCAGAGUCGUGGCUUUACCUUCACAGAACUGCGUUUACAAACAUCAAAUAGCCGACGCCGACUUUGUGGUCAAGUCCGAAGUCGUAUCCGUCAAAGAUAGUGUGUGCCUGGCGUGUUACAUAUCUAACGGCCAUAUAAACAUCUUCAGUUUGCCUAGUCUCAGGCUUCUAGUAGACGUGGAUUUCCUGGCUCUAUCCGACUUAAGUUUUCAGACCCAGAAACAGGGCAUAGUUGACCCAAUGUUAUCCAUAUGGGGCCAACAGAUGUUUGUCAAUGAAGACACUGACCAAAUCGCCAAGACGUUUUGCUUUAGCAACAGAGGACACGGGUUGUUCCUGAACACGCCGUCGGAAUUACAAAGGUUUUCGGUUUCCGCAGAGUUUUGUCAAAGUCUACCGGAAAUGAUGGGUGAACUUUUCCAACCGCACGAGAUGCCGGAACCGCCGAAACAAAGUUUCUUUAUCGGCCUCUUCGGCGGCGGAUCAAGAUCUAUCGACCGCGAAGAACUAUUUGGUGAAUCCAGCAGCGGUAAAGCACCGAAAUUGGUGGCCAAGCACAUUCCGGGUCCUUCGGCGCAGUUAGACGCUAUGGGAAGCCGAGCUAGCACGGCGGCCAGCGAGAUAUCUCGAGCCCAUCAGUUGGCCUUAGAGCGUGGAGAGAAACUUAGCAAUCUAGAAGACAGGACUGCCAGAAUGAUGACUGAAGCAGAUCAGUUCUCUAGUAACGCCAGGGAGCUGCUGCUAAAGAACAAGGACAAACGCUGGUAUCAGCUGUAGGAGGUUUCCGCCGUUUCUCAGUUUUCUCACUCUUAUUAUCGUAUUAUUAUACACAUACACGUCAUUUGUGUACAUAAAAAAAACUAACUUUAACGUUCUUCCAAAAUAUAUUAAUAAUAACAAUAAUAUAAUUUUCUAACUACGAUCAGUUGGUAUUUGGCUUUUCAAAAAAUUACUAAAUUUGCGGUCAACGUCUUUUUUUCUUCUUUUACCUAAGUUAUAAUAUAUUGAAAUGAUAUCAGAAUACCGGUGCCAUGGUUUCAGAACACAAUUCCCUUUGGUAUUUUGGUAAAUAUUGUAUAGAUACCACAAUAUAAUAUAAUAUAGACGCCUAUUAUCGUUAAAUUAUUCCCGUUAAAAAGGGGAAAAUUGAUACAUUUAGUACUUAUAAAAUAUUUAUAUAUAUAUAUAUAAACACAUAUUUAUAUUUGUUGUUCGUUAUUGAGUAGGAAUAUUUUUCUGUUAUAUUUAAAACAAUACUUUUUAAACUAUUAUACAAUUAUAGGUAGGUUAAAACGAUAAGUAGUACUCGGAAAGUGUAUAACGUUAAGUUACACAUAAUAAUAACAAAUAAAGAAAAUUCAUAAAACGGGCUGUGGUUUUAGGAAUAAGGUAGUAUUAUUAUAUUAUAUCUAAUUAUUAUCGUGGUAAUUAGUAUAAAUUAACUCAUGUUAGAACUAGACACGGUUGUAUUAAUAUUAUGUGUAAAAUAAUCUAAAAUAAUUAUAAAACAAAAUUAACGUACAUCACUGUCUCUCUUUCACAAAAAAAAAAAAUAGAUGCUAUAAAAUUAAUAACCUGGCGAGCGUAUUCGAGCGCAAUUUAUAUAAUUUUACAAUCACUUACAGAGUAUUUAAAAUGAUCACGAAUCAGUAAUUUUUUUCUGUAAAUUAAUUGAAUUUAAAGAGCAUAAAAUCAUUGUUAAAUAAUAUGAUCAAAACUAGUUUAAUUUUUUUAGAUGGUAAAUUUUUCAAGUUAAACAGUGUUUAACGAUCUACCUUUUAAAUUAAUAUGCGAAUCAAGUAAAUACUCAAGUAUUUUUAGGAAGUUACUCUCCAAAACUGUCGCUUGUUGUUAUUUUUUUUAAUUGAUCGCCGAAGUUUAAUUUUAGUCAAUUAUUAUAUUAAAGAUAAUCUUUGGCACGGGUUCAACUAAAAAAAAAAAAACAAACCGUUUAAAAACAAAAUUACUGUCUUAAGAAAUUUUAAAAAACUGAAAAUAUAAUUAAUGUGUUUGUGUGAGUAGAGGAGUAAACUCAUCAAGUAUGAUGCGAUUUGUGCCUUAAAGUAUAUAAGAUAGUUUGCAGUACUGUAUUAUGUGAUAAUUUUAAUUCUAAUAAUACAGAUUCUAGUAUAGAAUAUAUAACCAAACCUUAACGUAUAUUGAAAAAAAAUAUGUUUUUGACUUGUUUCUAGUUUUUAUUUUAUUUUAUUAAUUCUUCUUCUACUUAUUAUAAUAGUAUUAUAAACGAUAAAACUAUACACAUUAUGUAUAAUAUUAUACGCUUGGAAACUGAAGAAUAUUAGUAGGACCCUUUUUGAUGGUCCAAAGCCUAAAAAAUAACAAUAAAUGUUGUUCGUUGGCUUUACACGUCUCACUACCAAACUCUUUUCCGAGAUGAAUUCGCCAAAAAAAAUACCCAUCCCUUCUCUCUGUAUAUUCAAGUAGUACUAAACUACCUUUAAAAUUAAACAGGAUACACUGUUAAAAAAAAUAGUUUUUUGAAGAGGAAGAGGAGGAGGAGGAGGAAACUUGCUUGAAUAUUAUACAAAAUAAUAAGUAUAUUUCAUUAAGUAAUAUGAUUUUUUGUUUUGUUUUGUCUACAAUUAUAUUUUUUUAUGUAUGUGUGUAUAAAUUGUUGUUUCAAUCGAGACGUCCUGUGCUUAUAAUAGGCGUUAUGUAUAGCUUAGGAUGUAUGUACAUUUUUACGAACACUAAUAUCCAAUACGCAUUAACAAUUUUACAUACUAAAACUUCUUCUUAGGCCUUAAUUAAUUAAUUAUUAUUAUUUGUAUUAUAUGGACUGUUCACUGUUGUUCUAAACGCAUUGACCUAUACAAACAAACAAAACUCACAUACAUGUUGUAUUAUUAAGUUGCUAUCGUUUUACGUUAUACCUAUAGUGAUUCUUAAAAUUAUAAUUUUUAAUUUUAACAAAACUUAUGUGUACAAGGUAAGUUAUUGUACGCGUUCGUCUAUUGUUGUUUUCGCGCUUGUUCCAAACGUUAAAAUACAAAUUUGCUUUUUCAAAAUAAACGACAAUGGCAGACAACCCUUUUCAAAAGCCAUCUUGUCUGGUGUGAAACGGUUGUAAGCAUAUUAUGUGUAUAUGCACAAUUUGCGGGGGGCUUAGGUGGGCUAGUACCACCCUUUUUAAAACUAGCCCUCCAAAAUGGUUAACAUUUUUUAUAUUAAGUUACACGGGAUGUGGGCUUUAUAAAUGUUUUCGGUGUUCAAGCCCCCUCAUUUUAUGCCCCUGGUACUAAGAAUUAUGCUUUGUGCGCGAAACGAGCAUAAACAAUAACGAACGGGGACAAUGAAUUGCUUACCAAAUAAUGUGAUAUGAAAUUAUUAAUAUUUUAAUGUAUUAUAAGAAUAUAUAUACGAUAUUAUAUAGUAUGAGAUCCACUGGUUAUGCAUCGUUAUGUUGACACUUUUUUUGUAAUUAUUAUUAUUAUUAUUAUUAUUAUUAUAAUUGUGUUAUAACUGAUGACAUCGUUGGGGUUAAUAAAUAUUCUUAUUAAUUAUA